AUGCGAGAGGUGACACAAAUCUCACUCAACCAAUUCCUGCGCUUACUUGCAUCAUACGUUACUGUGGUGGUGGUGAGCGACAACGUCGCUUUCCUCGCAGCCUUCGCGGAGGCAUCUGACAAAGGCCGUCUGAUGAUAUGGGAGACGAGACUGCUAGUAGUUACCAGGCUGGACAAGGAUAAAAUUCAAGCUCUGCUGCAGGAUUACUGGAUCUUCUCUAUGAUGAACACCAUGUUCCUCAAACUUGAAAAUAAGUCGAGAGAUCGAGAAGCCUUGAUAUGGCCUGUGAACUUGCCCAUUUUGCCAGAUAUGGUCCAAGAAUAUGACUUCAGUUUCUUUCUCGAACGGUCUACUUUGGCUUUCACAAUGGCCAAACCAACUCUCAAGCCCAGUUGGCAAAGUCUCUACUAUCCACUACAAAUCGAAGUUUGGAUUUUGGUUGCAGCCUCUCUUCUCAUUGUGUUCAUCAUCUUUCUAAUGAUUCAACACAACGUUGAAGGAAAGAAUCAUGAGGUAUGGCUAGCAGUAAAGCUUGUGAUUGGAACGCUGCUCGAUGAAGCCAUCCCAGGGAAGUUGCCCAGGAAAACGCCAUUGCGAGUGUUGUUAACAGCAUGGCUGAUAUGCACCUUCAUCUUCGGAACAGUUUAUCGCAGUAACUUAACUGCCUGUCUUACAAUUCCUACUUACCCUUCCCGCCCAGAGACUCUUGUUGAUCUCCUCAACAUUGGAGCAAGAGUUACGAUUGUGGACACAAUGGAUAUAUUUGUUACCAGCUUUAAGCAGUCUGAAUCUCAUACCCUACGAGCAUUGACAGACAGAAUGGUAUACGUUCCAUCUUUUAAGGAGGGAAUGACAGAAUCACUAACUGAAAAGCAAGUAACGUUUUCUUUUUACAACAAAUCAUAAUCUGGUAAACACAUGAAAC